AGAACGCAGCUGAACGCAACACGUUAGUGAGUGAGAGCGCACGGAAGACCCGUCACCAAGCUUUAAAUCGUGGGGAUGUUUUCCAUCAUGAUGCAUAUCCAGCGUGCGACCUCGUUUAAAGACGCGACGACGCGUUUCCAGUAGCAGUUUGCGUGCGUUUUGGGGAAGACUUUUGAAUUACGCGGAGAACCGCGCAGCGGGCGAGAGCGCAGAGCGCAGCGGGAGGAGAGUGCGCACACGCGGGGCUCUGCCCUGCCGAACAUGGCUGAUCGUCGGGAGCGGGGCGCUGCAGGGAUCUCCAGAAAGACGCUCGAUGCUCCCCACUGAAGAACCAGAAGAUGAUGGUGAUGAGACAAUAAUGACCUAUCCGCUCUCGGUUCGGAACAUGGCUGUGAUCAUCCCCUACACCAGUGAUGUACCCUGUGACCCCAGGGGCCAGAGGAUGUGGUGGGCUUUCCUCGCCUCCUCCAUGGUCACUUUCUUCGGGGGUCUGUUCAUCAUCCUGCUGUGGAGGACCCUCAAGUACCUGUGGACGGUGUGCUGCCACUGCAAGGGUAAAAAGAAGGGCGUGCAGCGGGUCAGUAACCCGGCGGUGCUCGGUGACGGUGUGAUUAAAGCGGUGGGUCAGCGGGAGGCGGUGGUCAGCGAGGUGGGAUGGAUGACCUCAGUGAAGGACUGGGCCGGGGUCAUGAUCUCUGCUCAGACGCUCACGGGACGAGUGCUGGUGGUGCUUGUCUUCGCUCUGAGCAUCGGAGCGCUUGUGAUUUACUUCAUCGACUCCUCUAAAUCUUUCAUGUCCUGUUCAGCAUUAGAAACACGCACUCAUGCCGUCCUGCUCAAAACAGACCUGUUGACGUGGGAAUUCAUCGCAGCCAAUGAUAAACUGUGGUUCUGGCUGGAGGUGAAUUCAGUGGUGGAUUUCUUCACCGUCCCGCCCGUGUUUGUGUCCGUGUAUCUGAACAGGAGCUGGCUGGGAUUGAGGUUCUUAAGAGCCUUGAGGCUGAUCCAGUUUUCAGAAAUAUUACAGUUUUUAAAUAUCUUAAAAACAAGCAACUCCAUAAAGUUGGUGAAUUUGUGCUCAAUCUUUAUAAGCACAUGGCUGACGGCAGCGGGCUUCAUACAUUUGGUGGAAAACUCAGGGGAUCCUUGGGAAAACUUCCAAAAUUCCCAACCGCUUUCCUACUGGGAGUGUGUGUACUUACUCAUGGUAACCAUGUCCACAGUGGGUUAUGGAGAUGUUUGUGCUAAAACAACCCUCGGACGCCUUUUCAUGGUCUUCUUCAUUCUCGGAGGAUUGGCCAUGUUUGCCAGCUACGUUCCUGAAAUCAUAGAGUUAAUAGGAAACCGCAAGAAAUAUGGUGGUUCCUAUAGUGCAGUAAAUGGGAGAAAGCAUAUAGUCGUCUGCGGUCACAUCACGCUGGAGAGCGUCUCCAACUUCCUCAAAGACUUCCUACACAAGGACAGGGAUGAUGUCAAUGUAGAAAUAGUUUUUCUCCAUAAUAUUUCCCCUAAUCUUGAGCUGGAAGCCUUAUUCAAGAGACACUUCACGCAGGUGGAGUUUUACCAGGGAUCCGUCCUCAACCCUCACGAUCUCGCUCGAGUCAAGAUUGAGUCUGCCGAUGCCUGUCUGAUCUUAGCCAAUAAAUAUUGUGCAGAUCCUGAUGCUGAAGAUGCAUCCAAUAUCAUGAGGGUGAUAUCCAUUAAAAACUACCAUCCAAAGAUCCGAAUCAUUACACAGAUGCUGCAGUACCACAAUAAGGCUCAUCUUCUCAACAUCCCGAGCUGGAACUGGAAGGAGGGCGAUGACGCCAUCUGCCUCGCCGAGCUGAAGCUGGGCUUCAUCGCUCAGAGCUGCCUGGCACAGGGUCUGUCCACCAUGCUGGCUAACCUCUUCUCCAUGAGGUCCUACAUCAAGAUUGAAGAAGACACAUGGCAGAAGUAUUAUUUAGAGGGAGUAGCCAAUGAAAUGUACACGGAGUAUCUGUCCAGUGCCUUCGUGGGUUUGUCUUUCCCCACCAUUUGUGAACUGUGCUAUGUGAAGCUGAAACUCCUGCUGAUCGCGAUCGAGUAUAAAUCAGACCAGAGAGAAAGCAGGGGUGGAAAAUGCACGCUGAUUAACCCGGGCAAUCAUGUGAAGAUGCAGGAGGGAACACUGGGCUUCUUCAUCGCCAGUGAUGCCAAAGAGGUGAAGAGGGCACUUUUCUACUGUAAAGCUUGUCACGAUGACAUUACAGACCCAAAACGGAUCAAGAAGUGCGGAUGCAAACGGAUGUUGUAUUCUAAAAGUAACUAUAAUGGAUACAUCAAAUCAAUAGUAGAGGAGGAGCAGCAGUCGGCUCUGUCGCCCAAGAAAAAACAGCGUAACGGAGGGAUGAGAACGUCGCCCACAUGCUCGCCCAAAAUAAUAAAGCACGACCCGUUGUUGGUCCCUGGACACGAUCAAAUGGAAACAAUGGAUGAGAACAUAAAGAAAUAUGAUUCGACAGCAUGUAACAAAAAACAGCAGCCCUGCUUCCCAGCAUCCAAUUCAUUCCCUGCAAACGUCUGGGUUAUAAAGUCAUCGAUCUCGCUGUUGUUGGAAGUGAAACGCUCAAGUUUGUCCAUGUUUUUGUGGUUUGUUGAUUUCAGGCACGACCCGUUGUUGGUCCCUGGACACGAUCAAAUGGAAACAAUGGAUGAGAACAUAAAGAAAUAUGAUUCGACAGGAAUGUUUCACUGGUGUCCAUCAAAAGACAUCGAGAAGGUCAUGCUGACUCGCAGCGAGGCGGCGAUGACGGUUUUGAGCGGUCACGUGGUGGUUUGUAUAUUCGGCGAUGUGAAGUCGGCUCUGAUCGGUCUGCGUAACCUGGUGAUGCCUCUGAGAGCCAGUAACUUCCACUAUCACGAGCUGAAGCCCAUCGUGUUCGUGGGCUCUCUGGAGUAUCUGAAGAGAGAGUGGGAGACGCUACACAACUUCCCCAAAGUCUCCAUCUUACCCGGGACUCCACUGAGUCGGGCCGAUCUGAGAGCCGUCAACAUCAACUUGUGUGACAUGUGCGUCAUCCUGUCGGCCAAUCAGAACAACAUCGACGACGCCUCUCUGCAGGAUAAGGAGUGUAUUCUGGCCUCUCUCAACAUCAAGUCCAUGCUGUUUGAUGACAGUAUUGGACUCUUGCAGGCCAACUCUCAAGGUUUCACUCCUCCUGGCAUGGAUCGCUCGUCUCCGGAGAACAGUCCCGUACACGGAUUGGUGCGACAGGCGUCCAUAACCACUGGAGCAAACAUUCACAUCAUCACAGAGCUCGUGAACGACUCAAACGUCCAGUUUCUGGACCAGGACGAUGACGACGAUCCCGACACAGAGCUGUACCUCACGCAGCCAUUCGCCUGUGGGACAGCGUUCGCCGUCAGCGUGCUGGAUUCAUUAAUGAGUGCCACGUACUUCAAUGAUAACAUUCUGACUCUGAUCCGGACGCUGGUGACCGGCGGAGCCACGCCGGAGCUGGAGGGUCUGCUGGCGGAGGAGAACGCGCUGCGUGGAGGAUACAGCACACCGCAAACACUGGCCAACAGAGACCGCUGCCGCGUCGCACAGCUGGCGCUUUACGACGGGCCCUUCGCUGAUCUGGGGGAUGGAGGCUGUUAUGGUGAUUUAUUCUGUAAAGCAUUGAAGACGUACAACAUGUUGUGUUUUGGAAUCUACCGAUUAAGAGACGCACAUCUGGGAGCACCCAGCCAGUGCACCAAACAGAUACGUGAUCACGAAUCCUCCGUACGACUUCGAGCUGGUGCCUACAGAUCUGAUCUUCUGCCUGAUGCAAUUUGACCACAACGCCGGCCAGACGCGCACCAGCCUGUCCACUCACUCCACCUACUGCCCCAGCAAGAAGAGCCCAUCCGCCCACUCCGUCCCCUCAUCCGCCCGGCCGGGCCGCAGCCGGAGCCGCGACCUGCGCGACAAACAGAAGUACGUUCCUCUGUAAGCGUCAGUGCGGACUCUUAUCACAAACACGAAUCCCGGACUUACACGUAUCAAAUGUUUACUUCGCACAUCAUCUUUAGCGUACUAGAAGUUGCAUCUGUAUACAGCACCGGCCAGCGUUAACGAAUAAUGAAUCAGUUUGACCAUUUUGCACUUUAACUGCACUUUAAUCCUACAGUUUGAUAACAGCGACUUGACAAACGCUCGUGUGCUUCUACAUCCUGGUAUUCCUCGUAUAACACGGCUGCUGUCUCAUGUUACCCACAUACAGUGGCUCCAAACGUCUGACGGCUUGCAUUUUUAGUUCAUAAAAAAUGACAUUCAAUCAUUCAGUGAGUACAUUUAAAUUGAAGUAUUUAAAUGUAAAUAUUAAACUAAUAGUAUUAAUUUUUUUUUUGGAAAUUAAUUUUUUUGCAGCAGUUUCAGAACUCAAAUAAUGUCAAACAAACAUUUUGUGGAUUUUAGGAAUAAAGAAAAUUCAAUCCACUGCAGAUACAUAAAAUAAAUGAACAAUACAUACUCAAAAUAUGCUGACAAAUGCACCUCGUAUUUGUGGACAUGAUGAAUACAUAUUUUAAUUUAUAUUU